UGUUUGUGGUCAUUCCCAGGGAAAGGAAAAUGGUUUCAGGGCCGGCCAUUUACGAUGGAAUGCUUCGAUUGAGUUUCCUUUUGGAAGCUUGUCAACCAGGGGCCAUACCCGAUGCCAACCUUAUCGCUGCCGUUCUCGAUUUGCCACAAUCACCGUCCGGUGAUCGCUCGAGCCGCUUUUCUGUUCGAGUGCGCCCAUUUUGUCAACCGCUGCAACCGCGGACAGUGGCCGUCUUGGAUGAAGUUGAAUUUGCCGUUCUAUCGACCGUCGGGGCCUUUAUCUAACCGUGGAACUCCAUCAGGGCAGAGGCGAACGCACAUUCUCCAACGAUUGGGUGGUCGAAUGUUUUUCUCCUGGGCCGAGGCAAUCGGAGUCCGGUUGGAAGAAAUUCUGAUUGAUGAUGCGCUUUGUUGCGAAGACUACGACGCCCACGCCAUGGAUGAACAACGUCAACGAAUUCUCAUCGAGGACGAAGAGAAUGAAGACUUUCUAGUUGAAGCGAGUGUUAACCCUUCCGGGCGAGACUUCCCCUGGCCAUUACGUUUGGCUGCCUGUAUGCUCCUCUAUGAAAUCACGGCUUUCCUGCGGGAUUCCUACCGUCGCCUUCCCCGCUCCACGCGCGUUUCACUGCGGAGCAACGACGCCACCAGUAAAACGGGCGGCGGAAACAACACGGGCGGUAGCCUCAUUGUCGCUUCCGGCUCUUCGUUUAAUGAGCAAACACGCGGCGGCAAUCCGGCUAGUGGCGGAGCUCCUUCCGGUGCCGUUGUCAUUUCCAGUGGCGAAUCUUUCACUCACCAUUCAACCGGUGGAACGGGAGGAUCGGGAUCGUUAGCCUUGGCCACCACUUCCAUCGCGACGCCGGCCAGCAAUCCAGCAGGUGGACGACGUUGGAGUAUGGCCCUGUCUUCCAUGGGCCAGUCUCAGAAUUCCGCUCAGAGUCUCCAAUCCAUCACCGGAGACGGGCAUUCAAUUGGCGGAGUUCCAGGGGAACGCAAAAUCAGUUUCGUCCUUCACGAACCAGACGAUGAAUCGCUUGACAGCAGCAACACGACCCUCACGUUUCAGGGGGAUGAUGCGAUGGAAGAGAAACGCAACCGACGGCUGGCUCAAGGACGGCCGUAUCUACUCCGACGGAGCACCAUGAGCAACACGGGAUCUUUCAAGCGGAGGAGUAGGAGUUUGAAACUGAGACGGAGUCAUCGCGAGUCCCGCCGCGGUGGCGACCAAUCCGACGCCGAAUCCAUCAAGCGAUCGGAUUCGAUCCGCUCGAAGCGAAAAGUCUCGUCGAUAUCGGAUCGUAGUGACAUCUCGGACGUACCGAUGGAUCACGACAUCUCGGGGGAAGAGAGUCCCGGAAUCCUCAGCGACGACGGCCAACACGAAAGUCCCAGCGACGGUGCAGCCGACAUCGAGGAAGGAAUCUCUACUCGUGGAAUGCCUUGGCUCCGAUCGGUUUUGUUGCUGUCCAAUUCGUUCUACUACCAAUGCCAACAUCAACACGUGUGCCACCCCCGGUGCUUCCGCAGACAGAGCCGGGCCUGCAGCCGGAUGCUGAGUAGCGUCCGGAAGAUUUACGGCGACGAGCCGCAACACCAGGAAGUCGUGGAAUUUCUGAGUUUCAGUAAAAAGUCUCGACAUCACAAGGACCACGACAAAAAGGAAAAAGCCUCAAAAGGAGCCCAGAGCAGACCAGGAUCUCCUUUGAGGCGAAGAGAAAGUGUCGCCAACAAGAAAGAAAGAUCCACCAACGAUUUGCUGUCAAAGGCGAGUUCUUGCCACAGUUCAUCGGCCACCUUGUCACGCAACCAAAUCGAACACGACCAAUGGGACCGCAACAAAGUCAUGGGACUCCAGAGCAAACACUUUCCCAACGAAAGCGAUGGCGACGAGAAUAAAUCCAAGAAAAAGGAGGAUCACCCCAUGGUGAAAUACAUCAAAUUCCAGGUGAUGAAUCUUUUCCAAGCUCCGCUAUUGGUUCCCAUCAAAAGUGCCACCAUCAUGAACGACGAGGCAUUUCUCGACAUUAUCCCGAUCGCCUGGGAACUGCUCCUGGACGUCCAAAAGGAAACGGUUGCCGCGGCUGCCGCCAUGUUUAUCCUGUCGGCCGUCCGCUGUCCGGAACCCAUAACCCUCCUACUCAACGGAAGUUUGAGACAUCCAGAUCCAAUUGAACGAUUCAAAGCACUUCUCAAAUUUCAAGUUUUAUGGCGGUCGAGGUAUCAAGUCUGGCCGCGGAUGGAAGAAGGCGCUGCUCACUCAUUCAAAGUGCCACCACAUGCCAUUGAGUUCACCUUGCCAUCGCCCAGGAUCGGUGUGGAAUCUCUGCCGGUGGUCGAUCCUCCCUGGAUGCCACACGUCCGCACCAGAGUCCAGGAAGUCACGCUCAACCAAGACACGCACCGCUCGCUGGUGACGGCCACCAAGACGUGGAAGAAACAACAAACUGAACUGGUCGAAUCGGCUCUCAAAGACGAAGAGGAUCGCAAAUGCAGCGAGCGGGAAAAUUUCCGCAUUAGCGCCGUUCCCGUCACGAUCCAAGCGUCUUACGAACCGGCGCUUCAUCACGUCGGAGCAGACGAUCAUGACGAUGCAGAUGAUGAAGCCCAACAGCAAAGCCGGACUUCUGGUCAGCCUUUACAAUCGGCUCAGUUUCUUUUCCCGUCGUGUUUGUGCUCGGCUAUCGUCCCCAUCGUCGACCUUUUGGACGAUUCCGUUCUAACGCCAGAUGGCGUGGCCGUCUGCGAUUUGGCUAAUCAGGUACUGCAUUCGUGUUUGGUGGAAGAUACUGCCCUUUUCCUGCGCCACAUCCUGGAACGAUUGACUCGUGAAAAACAGGACGAGAUGUUCGCUAUUUUGCGCCGCCUUUUGCGCUUUGUUGCCUACCUGCCGCAACAGACGGCCUUCACUCUACACAAUUAUCUCAUCGGCUACAUCAUGUUCUACGUCCGGACUCCGAUGGAGGGCAGUCAGGAUCUAGUCGGCAAUGCCUUAUCCUUGUUAUCCAUGGUGGCGCCAAGUGUUCAGGGUUUGUUGUUUAAGGAUCUCAAGCAGAUUUUACGCAAGGAGCAAUGCGAUGCUUCGAUCCUGAUCACGGCCAACGUUCCAUCUGCCAAGAAGAUUGUGGUUCACGGGCCCAACGAAUCCGAUUCCGGCGCCAUUCCGUCCCAGUUCCCCAUCCAGGAAGACACGCAAUUUUCGCAGAUAUUGCAAGAAUCGCUCGAUUUCUUUUCUAUCGACGAGCACAGACAGCGCGAGUACUUCCUGGUCGACUACCGGACCAACCAGAUCCACAAUCCAUCAGCGUACGUUCGGGAUUUCAUGCACAAGCUCAGCUGGGUGAAACUAAUCCGACAAAUGUUUGAAGCCAUGGUGGGCAACUUUGCUUAUUCGGGGGACAUCCACCUCUUCAUCAACGUGAUCAACUUCAUCAAGCGUUGGUCCUCUACUGUGAAGACGCCGUCUGCAUGGCCACCUACAUCAAUGCCGGUCAUCAGUUCCGCAACGUGUUCGAACCCAUCUUCCUGGGAAGAGAAGUUGGAGUCGAUGCCAUUGAAACACUUUGCAGGGAAUUUAGUGCUGGCCACCUAGAAAAGGAAAUGAUGGAAACUUUCAUGCUUCUCAAAGAGCGAACCAACCUUACUGCAGUGGCAGCUGCUGUUUUCAUUCUUGUGUACCGAAGGAAGUGUCAGCCAAUCUCCAUCAAGCAAAUCUUGCCUGUUCUUAAUGUUUCCCCUCCAGUCACACUGUACAAACUUGGCGCAAUUCUGAAAAAAGUUGAAAGGCACCUCAAAGGGAAUUUCCCCGCACUGCCUCAACCCUCGUUAGAAUCAACAAGAACAUCUGAAGCUGGAAGUUCAAGCUCAAUCCCUGUAGUGUUCCAUCAUGCCCGUUCAGUUCUUCCUAAACUCAAAGUACAAGAUCCUUUCCUACCGUCCGUGGAAAUAUCUGAACGGGUCUACAACAUCACGGAUAACAUCGUUGCAGUCUUCGAGCGGCGCACCAAGCAAAGUUUCGACCGUCGCAUCAUAACGAUCGCUGCAGGUUUCUUAGCAUGGCAAUCGUGUCAUUAUUAUGACAAGAACUUUAACAGCAAAGUGCCAUUCAAAGAACUCAUCGAACCAAAUAAGACAGGCUAUUUUCAGAAAUAUUUGACGUUAACUUACCUUGACAUCGGCGAUGUAACUGCCAAACACAUCAAAAGGAGUGUCUUGCAAAUUUCGAAGGAAUUGUUACCGCUCUUCCAACACAUGACAUGGAUUGAGAAAGAGGGAAAAGGCACGGACGACAUACCCAAAUACCUUGGACGGAUUUUGCAGUUCAAAGAUGUUGCUAUAGAGGCGUUGUUUCAGGAAGAAGAGACGGCAAGGAUCAAUGAGCCCAUCACUGCACCUGUUAUACCAAGAGAACUAACCGCGGAAGAAGAAGCGAUCUUGGAUGCGCCCGAUUUGAAUGAAAACGAUUUGCCAGAUGCUGAAUUAAGCAAGUAUUUUUUCUCAGAACGGGAACUGAAUCCCUUGAACGUCAAUCUAUCGUUGUCUGCCGACUUGGAUUCGGAACUCGCCGAGCCGAACAAGAAAGGAAAAAACAAACGUUCAAAGUCCAA